AUGUUUUCUUCAAGUCCCAAUUAUUCAAAACUCAAAACUCACUUGAGAUUAGCUAUAAACCGCCUUAAAUUAUUAGAAAAGAAGAAAACUGAAUUGGCUCAAAAAGCUCGUAAGGAAAUAGCAGAAUAUAUCGCUGCUGGUAAAAGUGAACGUGCAAAAAUUCGAGUGGAACACAUAAUUAGAGAAGACUACAUGGUAGAGGCAAUGGAGAUAGUAGAAAUGUACUGUGACUUGGUGUUGGCUCGAUUUGGGUUGGUUACGCAGAUGAAAGAACUAGAUGAAGGCUUAAGUGAAGCUAUAUCUACUUUGAUAUGGGUUGCUCCAAGGAUGCACACUGAUGUACAGGAACUUAAAAUAAUAUCUGAUUUGCUGACAGCAAAAUAUGGCAAAAUAUAUGCUGAUGCAUGCAGAAGUGAGAAUGUGAAUACUAUAAGUGAUAAAUUGAAACAUAAGAUGUCUGUUCAUAGUCCACCUAAAAUACUUGUGGAAAGGUACCUCAUUGAAAUUGCUAAGAAUUACAAUGUUGAAUACACUCCCGAUGAACAAGUAAUGAGAGAGGAAGAAGCCCGAGAUGCAAUGCUUAUAGACAUCAAUGGUCCACCAAACCCUCCUGGUUUUAUCGGCUAUCCUCCAACACAAAUGCCUGCAAUGCCGAACAUGCCUCCACCACCACCUGUUGUGACUCCGUUUAACUAUCCAUCUCAACCAUCUGGUGGUAAAGCCGGUGGUUUCAUAGCAACAUCACCUGGCUAUGGAGAACCCAGCAAGCCUAUGAAUUUUAAUGUACCUCCCGGUGUCGAUUCUAAUACUUUAAACAAUAGCUUCUUACAGGAGGAAAUGCACAACUUGCCUCCCGCUUAUGACAGCAUCGCUCAUGAUUCGCCCGCACACAACCCACACGUACCAACGCCCCAGCCAAGGUCUAAAUUGCCCAACUACUUCCCCGAGCUGCCAGAACUUCCCUCUGUGCCUUCAGACCUGAUCCUCCCCUCUGUGCCUCAAAGCAACAACUCUAAUACAAACACAAACGCCAACAAUGCAAAUGCCCCCGAUGAAAUAGACUUUGAAGAUCUGAACCGACGUUUUGAAGAAUUGAAAAAGAAAAAG